CAGGCUGCGGGCUCGCUUCCGCUUCCGGCCUCUCGGCGCGCUUCCGCUUCCGGCGCUCGCGGUGAGGUCAGUAGUUAAGCGACAGAAAGAGGGGCGAUGAAGGAGGCGCUGGUGCUGCAGAGCCGCGUGGCCGCGCACCCCGAGGCGCGCUGCUGGUUCUUGGCGUGGAGCCCCGGCGGAGCGCUGCUCGCGUCCUGCGGCGGGGAUCGCGCCGUGCGCAUCUGGGGCAGAGAGGGGUCAGGCUGGGCCUGCAGAGCAGUGCUGGCCGAUGGCCACCAGCGCACGGUGCGCAGGGUGGCGUGGUCGCCCUGCGGCUCCUAUUUGGCCUCUGCCAGCUUUGAUGCCACCACCUGCAUCUGGAAGCGGUGCGAGGACGGCUUUGAGUGCGUCACCACGCUGGAAGGCCAUGAGAAUGAAGUAAAGUCGGUGGCCUGGGCGCCCUCAGGGAACCUGCUGGCCACCUGCAGCCGUGACAAGAGCGUCUGGGUCUGGGAAGUGGAUGAAGAAGAGGAGUACGAGUGCGUCAGCGUCCUCAAUUCGCACACUCAGGACGUCAAGCACGUGGUCUGGCACCCCAGCCAGGAGCUGUUGGCCUCGGCCAGCUACGACGACACGGUGAAGCUGUACCACGAGGAGGAGGACGACUGGGUGUGCUGCGCCACGUUGGAGGGCCACGAAUCCACCGUGUGGAGCGUGGCCUUCGAUGGCAGCGGCGAGCGCCUGGCGUCCUGCAGCGACGACAAGACGGUGCGCAUCUGGCAGCGCUACAAACCUGGCAACGAGGAAGGGGUGGCGUGCAGCGGCACCGACCCCACCUGGAAAUGCGUCUGCAACCUCUCAGGCUACCACAGCAGGACCAUCUACGACGUGUCGUGGUGCCGCCUCACCGGAGCCUUGGCCACAGCCUGCGGUGACGACGCCAUCCGGGUCUUUGAGGAGAGCUCGUCCUCCUCCCCGCAGCAGCAGCAGCCCACCUUCAGCCUCACAGCCCACGUGCCCCGGGCGCACUCACAGGACGUCAACUGCGUGGCCUGGAACCCAAAGGAGCCGGGGCUGCUGGCCUCCUGCAGCGACGAUGGCGAGAUUGCCUUCUGGCAGUACCAGCAGCCUGAAGCGUGCUGAGGGUUUGGGGCUUCAUGGCGUGGCUGUGCUUCUCCUCAAGCCCACUGCUGUUACACAGAAGGACAUGGGGCUGAGCGACCUGCGCCCGCUGCCCUCUGCCGUUUGGACUCCGGCCUUCUGGCAGGUGAAUUUUGUCUGGCCCAAAAGCUGCAGCUCCUCCGCCAGGAGCAGGGGGGGCUUUGAGAGAGCGGAACGCUGCCUCUCCCUGCCGUGCGCUCAAUAAAUCCCUGCUGUCAGCCCAAAGCCUCCAGGCUCUUCUUUUUUGGGGAGGGCAGAGAUGCAACCCCCGGGGCUGGAGGCUGAUGGGGGAGGACAGGCCAACAGGGAACAGGUUUGGUGAGGGCCGGACCCAGUGGAGCACAGCCCCAGGGAGCCGCUGCUGUGCCUGCGCUGCUCCCAGAAGCUGCUCCUGGCCUGGCGGCAGCCUCUGCUCCUCCUGCCAAACCCCAGAACCGCCGCUUCUCCCCGCUGACAGCUCACUUUGCCUUAAUUAGUUCUGCUAAUUAACUUGCAGCAGCAAACCUAAGGGCGUAGAAGCACUCAAUGAAGGUGCUGAAAU